GCGGCGGCGGCGAAGGCGAACGGCCAUGUUCCGGGCGGCGGUGGCGGCUCCCGCGCGCCUGAGGCGGGCCACGGCCUCAUUGCUGCGAUUUCAGAGUACCCUAGUAAUAGCUGAGCAUACGAAUGAUACACUUACACCCAUCACGUUAAAUGCUAUUACUGCAGCCACGCAGCUUGGUGGAGAAGUGUCCUGUUUAGUAGCUGGAACCAAAUGUGACAAGCUAGCCCAAGAUCUGUGCAGAGUGGCCGGCGUAAGCAAGGUCCUGGUAGCUCAGAAUGAUGUGUUCAAAGGACUGCUUCCAGAGGAACUGACAUCACUGAUUUUGGCAACUCAGAAGCAAUUCAAUUACACACACAUCUGUGCUGGAGCAUCUGCCUUUGGGAAGAACCUUUUGCCCAGAGUAGCAGCCAAACUUGAUGUUGCCCCGAUUUCUGACAUCAUUCAAAUCAAGUCACCAGAUACGUUUGUGAGAACUAUUUAUGCAGGUAAUGCCAUAUGUACUGUGAAGUGUGAGGAGAAAGUCAAGGUGUUCUCCGUUCGAGGGACCGCAUUCGAGGCAGCAGCCACGAGUGGGGGGAGUGCCAGUGCAGAGAAUGCACCCAGUACCUCGCCAGUGAAGCUGUCGGAAUGGCUUGAGCAGAAAUUAUCAAAAAGUGAUCGGCCCGAACUAACUGGUGCAAAGGUGGUGGUGUCUGGUGGACGUGGUUUGAAGAGUGGGGAGAACUUUAAGCUGUUAUAUGACUUGGCUGAUCAGCUGCACGCUGCAGUUGGUGCUUCCCGUGCUGCUGUUGAUGCCGGCUUUGUACCCAAUGACCUGCAAGUUGGACAGACGGGGAAAAUAGUAGCACCGGAACUGUAUAUCGCUGUGGGGAUAUCUGGAGCCAUCCAACAUUUAGCAGGAAUGAAGGACAGCAAGACGAUUGUGGCUAUUAACAAGGAUCCAGAGGCCCCAAUUUUCCAAGUGGCAGACUUGGGAAUCGUUGCAGAUUUAUUUAAGGUAGUUCCUGAGAUGAUCGAGAUACUGAAGAAGAAAUGAUGAAGCUGCCACGGGUCAUGGUUUGAGACAGGCGGUUACCCAAAGUCACAGAACUCGUCCCCAUUGCAGAUGCCAUGGAAAGCUUGGACAGCUGAUUUCAGACAAUUUUUUAAAAAUUGUAUAAGUGCCAGAAUGUCUUUUAUGGGAAGAUUCACAUUUCCCUUUUUAAGUUAAUUCUUGGUUCCAGACAUCAUUUUUGAAUGUUUUCUAAUUCUCUAAUAAAAUCAAUAAUAAAGUACUGACAACCUUAAGCCUG